UUCGGAGGGGGUUAGUUAUGGCGCCGCCUGUGAGGUACUGCAUCCCGGGCGAACGUCUUUGCAACUUGGAGGAGGGCAGCCCGGGCAGCGGCACCUACACCCGGCACGGCUACAUCUUCUCGUCGCUUGCUGGCUGCCUAACGAAAAGCAGCGAAAACGGCGCGCUUCCUGUGGUGUCUGUGAUAAGAGAGACAGAGUCUCAGUUACUGCCAGAUGUGGGGGCUGUUGUAACCUGUAAGGUCUCUAGCAUCAAUUCACGCUUUGCCAAAGUACAUAUCCUAUAUGUGGGGUCCACACCACUUAAGAACUCCUUUCGAGGAACUAUCCGCAAGGAAGAUGCCCGAGCUACUGAAAAAGACAAGGUUGAAAGUUAUAAGAGUUUCCACCCAGGUGAUAUUGUCUUGGCCAAAGUGAUAUCCCUAGGUGAUGCACAGUCCAACUACCUGCUGACCACCGCUGAAAAUGAGCUAGGAGUGGUGGUGGCCCACAGUGAAUCAGGUGUGCAGAUGGUACCCAUCAGCUGGUGUGAGAUGCAGUGCCCUAAGACCCACACUAAAGAAUUCCGGAAAGUGGCACGAGUGCAGCCUGAAUUCUUGCAGACCUAAGAAGCCAUAUUUUACCCAAUGGAGAGGAUUAAGCUGUUUCUGAGAGUACAUGUAUGAAAAUAACAUCAAGAUGCCAUUGUCUUUAUUCAGACAUAUGGGGUCAGCCAGCAACCACCCCUAGAAAAAUCUGCUGGAACUGUGUUCCAUAGGUGGAGAAUUUUUCUUAUACCUUUCUCUUGCGUGGUGAAACUUCUCUUUUGGAGGCACCAGCGAACAAAUUGUGUAAUGUUGGAAAUAACCUAUUUCUCCUGACAGUCCUUAUAAAUGUGUAUUUUUUUCUGUGACAAAGAAAAUAGUUUUACUGAAAGAAUUUUAUGGUUUCUUUUGUCUUGAGCAGGGAUAGGAAUCUAAAUGGUAUCCUGACAGAGCAAGGGUUUGCCUGGUUUUGUGCUUUAACUGACUUGUAUAUGUGCUUGCUUGUUCUGGACAAAGCCUGAUUUCCAAUCCUUUUUACAUUUGUUGUGUUUUAAGCCUUUGUUUAUUGAGUAUUCACUGGGUCAAGUACUUUAUAUACAUUGUCUAGUUGAGGGAGAUUAUGGUUUGGUGGAAAUUACAGACAUGUGGUCCUCCAGCAUGUGAGUAGUUUUGAAAAUAAUUUGGGAAAUGUAGUAUUACUAAUGUAGUGUUUAUUAAAUCUGAAUUGAAUAGAGAGACAGACAACUGUCAUUUGAGGUGGCCAGGGAAGGAUUUGUGACAUGAGAUAAAAAGGAAUUAAAGAAUUUAGAUGAGUGAAUUGAAGAUAUUCAAAGCAGAGACAGAAGAUCAAGCAAAUUUGCAGAAGUAGAAAGGAAUACAUAAGUUUAAGGAUGAAGAAAGGAUGAGAAUUAAGAUGAGUAUGAGCUGUUACUCAGGAAGCCCAGUCUGCUAUACAUAGUGACAGUGACUGUGGGUGAGCUUUGGAGUCAGCCCCCCUGGGUUUGUAUCCUCUACUUGCCUUGAGCAGGGUUUU